AUGUGUUCGACUAUUAUUCGUCUUUUCAUCCUCUUAGGUAUUGCUCUGGCAGUAUGCGAAGCUACCUAUGUUCGAUGUUCUCAAAGAGUUCCUAUUUACUCGUGUGCAUCAAUGAGCUGCUCUGUAGCUGGCGGUGCUGUCACGGACGAGCGUUAUCCAUGUGAUUGCUCUAAAAUCGAGAAACUUUCGGGUAAAAAGAAAACAUGGUUUAAGAUCGAAUUACCCAAUGGAAAACAUGGCUAUGUAACCGAUGCCCACUGUUCGGGUGACGUACCACCUUAUGAAAUUCUUCGAUGGUCGUCAUCGAUUGAUGUUGCUGAACAAUAUCAAUAUUAUCUCGAUCAACCAUUUCAAUCUAAUUUAUCGGAUCAAAUUUUUCUUAAUUGUACAUCUCCAUGGCGUGGAUCUCGAUGUCAAUACGCAUUAAAAUUAAAUGAAGAUGAAUUCGUUCGAAAUUCUUUUGAAAUGACUUCGACAGAUAAUAUAUUUCAACAAACCUGUUACAUUCAUUUAAAAUGUGACCGUGGUGGUCCAUUGAUUUGUCUCGACUGGCGUGAGAUAUGCAACGGUCGAAUCGAUUGUCUAAAUGAUGGUAUUGAUGAAACUGGAUGUUUCAAUUUAGAAAUGAAUGAAUGUAAUGAGAAUGAGUAUCGAUGUCAUAAUGGAUUAUGUAUUCCAAAAAAAUUUCUAAAAAUGGAAUUUGCAGACGCACAAUGUCUUGACGGAUCGGAUGAAAUUGUUAAGAACAAUCAUCUUCUGGAAGCUAAUUAUCGACCACAUCUAUUCGAAUGUCAAGAAUAUGUAUGUGGACCUGACGAAGGUCAAUUUACGUGUGGUGAUGGACAAUGUGUAGAAGAUUUUGGUCAGUGUCAAAAUAAUCGGCAUUUAGCAUUGACUCAAUCAAUUAGUGUUCAAGGAAAUUUAUCCUAUUCAUGUUGGAUAGUUAUGCUUUGUCUUAGCAAAAUCAUGACUAAAAUCGGAAAUAUAACAUGUGAUCAGUUCAUACAAUCUUCUAAAAUUAUUGAAGAAUUUAAAAAUUGUACGUUUCCUCUUGAAUUUCCCGUUAUUCCUGUACUCUUUGGUCAUGUACGAUUUUUAUAUGAUCGAAAAGAAAUUGACAAUAUUAAUACAACAUUAGCCCUUAAACCUGAUUAUGUUUGUUAUGAUGAGCAAUUAUGUGAUU